AGCUUGGCUCGCAGCUCGGUGUGAUCAUUCUCCACCGCGAUGAGUUUCACAAGGCACAGGACCGUCCUAGCGGGCGCGCAUGGAGCUUGACGAUGCAACAGGUCUGGGCUUGGGCUUCCACAAAGUUGGAAGGAGUCUUCUUGCCAGACGCUUGUUGUUGCAGUCCAGGCAAAGGUCCUGAACUCGGAGGAAAAUACGGAGAUCUUGUGGUUUUGACAGACUGGGAUACCACAGAGCGCGAUUGCCCUGGAUUCAACGAUGCACCGAGGCUGGCUGAUGAUGGCGAAGCUCGACGAGCGCAGGUCAGCCAGGUCCGUCAAGACGAAGAUCCUUCGGCUGCCGAGGAGGUAGUCCACCUGAGAGAGCAGAUGAAGCACUUCGUGCAAGAGAUGGUAGUUGGCCGAGACGUGUGCAUCUUGCUGGAGGACAAAGAGAAGGAGACUGGCUGGCUAAAGCUCACACCGAACCUCAUGGCCUUGCGCCUUGAAGUGGCUGGCGCGAAUCACGAAAUCCUUCUCAGGAACAUUCGUGACGUGCAAGCUGGAAAGCUUGGCGAUGGGCCGGUGCAGCUGGACGACUUUUGCACAACUCUGAUGCUGAAAGGGGGUCAAUGCCUUUCGUUUCGCUUUUCCAGCUUGGCAGAGCGCAACAACUUUACCAAGUGUGUGAAGGUGCUAGCGCUGGCAUUGGAGCAAUGAGCUGAUCUCCGAAGGUUGGUUUGAAGUUGCCGCGAAGAAGAUGCCAUGUUGAAGUGAGUUUGGGGUAGCCGUGUCGUUUCUCCAAAGCGUGGAGCCACUGGUGAAAAAAACAGAACAUGUGACCAUAUCCACAAGCGUCAUACGUGGUCAUAAGUCC